AUGUCAACUUGGAAGAUAGUCCUCAGAGACAGCGCUUCCUGCGUCCGAGCCUACAGGAGGCCUGGAAAUGAGACCAAGGAAACCAGCUGUACUGUUAAGGGAAUAACGUGGGUCUCCAGCCCCUCGCAGCCCCUCGCAGCGCUUCAGAUUGAUCCAGUCACCAUCAUGCACGAUGGCUCAUACACGUGUGAAAUAGCAACUCCUGGUGGGAAUUUCCACUGUCACUAUGACCUCCGAGUGCUAGUGCCCCCCGAGGUGAGCCUGGUUGGAACCGAGCCUGGAACUGCAGUGUGCCAGGCCCUUUCAGGGAAGCCGGCUGCCCAGAUCUCCUGGACCCCGGAGGGGAACUGCGACCCUGCGCAAGUCACUCGGGGCAACGGGACAGUGUCUGUCCGGAGUAAGUGCCGCUGGAAGGACAGCAACGUGUCUACUGUGAUCUGCUCUGUGUCCCACGUGACUGGGAACAGGAAUCUGUCUCUAGAACUACAUUCAGAUGAAAACUCUAAAGGCGUCUCCAGUACUCUGUAUAUCAGUCUUCCUAUCUUUGCCAUUUUUAUCAUCACCAUUUUAUCUAUUUGUAUUUUCAAAACCACCACCUGCAGAAAAUGGAAACCAACACAAGCAAAAAGACCUCAAGAUUGUGAGGAGGAUGAAAUGCAGCCCUAUGCCUGCUACAUGGAGAAGAGCAAUCCCUUGUAUGAUACUACAAACAAAGGGAAGAUGUCGCAUGUGCUCCAGAACGAAGCUGCGAGGAUGGAUUUCCAUGCCUCAUGAAUUAUUGGAAUCGAGCACGAAGACAGAUGAAUCCGGAUACAGUAUAAUGAUGGCAUUAAUUUUCCAAUUAUUCUAGAACUGAUGUCCACUUUUGAAAUGAGAGGUUUUCACAGGUUCUAGAAGACAAAGAUACUUGAAUGACCGUCCAUUGAUGUCCUUAAGCAAUUGGAACUUUAGAAUUGUGGCUGCUACUGGUUAGCUCGCUGGAUGAUGGAUGCUAUUUUUGCAAAGAACGCACAUACUCAUGUUAAAAUAUUAAAAUUAUACAGUAAACAAGGAAAAAUCUUUUUCACCAAAAAGCUAACCAUCUGUGCAUAGUACAUACUCUACUAUGGAAAGGAAGAGAAAUCGCAAAAGAAACAAUUACUCUGGUCAACACAUGUUUUUGGUGCCUCAAGUGUUAGACUUGUUUCUGGGUAUAUUUAUCCUGCUGAUUCCAAGAAUGACACCAGCUUUUCCCUCCCAGCUCUUAAUUUUGAGAUACAGAAUAAAUGCCAGGUACCACUCCCCUCUGCUCACCAUUAAAAAAAAAGAUAUUUUAAUCUAAUGUU